AUGUCAAAUGUUAAAAAUAGACAGAAUGCAAAAGCUUUGAAUAAUUUGUUAAACACCUAGGGAUCCCUUUUUAGAUUGUAAAAAAUUCUGUCCAAAGACAAUUAUCUUACUAAAUAAAAACAUUUCAAGCCACUUAGAACAGAAAAAUCAAGCACUCUGUCUCUAGUCAAAAGCGAUAGUUUGAUUACUCAAGACAACAAAAACUUUUUCAAAACAUCUACAAGCUUAAAUAAAAUGAAUCAAAUUGUUAAUGUCUAAAAGUAAACUAACGAGGAAUAACAUAAAAAAGUUAUUAAACAUCUUCUCACAGAUUAAUCCUAUUUAAAACUAAAUAAAAUCAGCUUAGAAGGAAAUCGAGUAAGGACUCUACAAACUGUUAAACCAGAACUACAAAUCUAAGAAGAUUAAAAAUAAAAAAUGAAAGAUCUACAAGAGAAAAUUAAAAUUAAAUUACAAGAAAGAGAUUAGGUAUAUUUGUAAAAGAAUGCUUAAUAACUUAAUAAUCUAUAACUUAAGUUAUCCAAUUUACAAGCAUCUUAAUUAUUUAAGAAUUUUCUUGUUUAAAAUGGAUACAGAUAACCUGCAUUCUUAAAAGAUAUGCCAUGA